AUGGAGAAAGACGUUCAGAGCUCCAGUAAAGACGUUUCUGGAGAAGAUGAGACUGCCAACAGUUUGUUUCACCAGCGGCUUGCACACAGGAAUCAACAGCGGUCGAAUGAUGAGAUGAAGUUUCUGUUACACCGGCUUUAUGUGGUCAGUUGUCUCCCUUCUGGACUCACAGACAGACGGACUGUAGUAGCUCACUAUGAGAGAUUCAUCUUCAGCCAGCAGAGACUCAGACCAGGUGAAGGUCUCACAGGACUUCUGUUGAUUUAUCCUGAACACGCGCUGCACAUCAUCGAGUGUUCAACUGAAGUUCUGCUGUCUGUCAUCCAAGACCUGGCACACAGUGCUGUGAUCCUGAAGUCCAGAGUUGUGUUGGUAUCUCACGACAUCUCCAGCAGACUCUUCCAGCAGUGGAGCUUCACGCUGUUUAAAGAGUUUGACAGCAGAGUCACCAUAAACUCAGAGGAGCAGAACUCUGAAGAACUCCUGAUCCAAACACUUCAUCAACUCCUACAGCUCGCCUCACACCUCCUCAAUACAGGAGACGAUAUCACGGAAUGUAAAGAGAUUUCAGAGAAGGUGCUAAAGGAGUCACAGCUGAUUCCUCCACUGUCUGCAGUGCGUCAUCUCAUCCAGAUGGAGGUGCUGUUGAGCCCGGUGCAGUAUCUGAAUAUAUAUCACUCACCACUACACCAUCAGCUGGACUCUGGUCAUGUAUUUGGGAGUCUUCAACCAAACACAGUAUAGAGUUUUGGCUUUUGGGCCACAGAAUCUAGAAAAUCUUCAUAUUCUCUGAACGACUGAACACAGAACGCUGGCUCUUUGUCGACAACUAAUUCUCAGACAAAGAUAUUAAGUUCCCCUACAUAUAUAUAUAUAUUUAGAUAAAUA